AUGUCUCAAUAUAUCGGUAAAACCAUCUCGUUGAUCUCCAACAAAGGAGUCAAGUAUGUAGGACUACUCGACAACAUCAAUGCUGAUGAUGCUACCGUUGCCUUAAAGUCGGUAAGGUCUUUUGGUACCGAAGGACGAAUGGCUGCUGCUGGAAAUCCGUCCCAAGAAAUCAUGCCAAGACCGGAAAUUUAUGAAUAUGUUGUGUUUCGAGGAUCCGAUGUGAAGGACUUGUCUGUGCUUGAUGUUCCUAUUGAUCAGGUUCGCCCAGAGCCUCAACAACAAUAUUUUGCACCUUCGUCGACGGCUGGAUCAAGUGCUCCUCCUCCACCAAAAACCACUUCUGGUGCCCCAAUGACAGCUGCUCCACCUACGACUACUUCUGUACCUUCAGGUGCUCCAAGGGUUGCUGAAAACUCGAGAUCGGGUCCACAACCCGGAGCAAUUGGUCGUCCACCAGUCCAGACAGCUGCUCCAACUGCCACUUCUACAGCUCCAACUCCAAGUGCUUCAUCCACACAGCCAACUAGAACCACCCAGACUUCUGUACCGGGCUCGCGACCAGAACCUUCAAAGCCUUCUGGUACUACAGAAGUUCCACAACCCCAACCUGGUUCUCGUCCUCAACCUCCCCAGCCAUCCAGUGGUCCUCAGAUGGACGGAGAUUUUGACUUUGCGAGUGCCAGCGCUGCUUUCGAGCGGGAGCGCACCAAGGAGGGCGCACCUUCGUACCAAAAGUCGUCUUUCUUCGACUCGUUGACUAGCAAUGAUCACCAAAGCUUGCGGUGGGCCGAGGAAAAAUCUUUGAAUAUGGACACUUUUGGAGAAGCUUCUGUGAACAAUAGCCGUGGCAGGGGGCGUGGACGCGGUAGAGGAAGGGGAGGCUGGAGAGGACGUGGAAGAGGACGAGGAAGAGGUAAACCUGAACCCAAGCCAGAGUGGGCAUAA